CAUACAUGCGCAUACGCACGCCGGCCGGGGGAUUUGCCUGCCGCUGCUCUGGCUCGCUCAUUCGUUUCGCGCGCCGGGGUCGGGCGGUCGCGUUUAUGAUCGAUCAUUCCGAAUUCCGAUUUUAAAACCUACCCGCAAUUCAAGGUCAAAAAUAUUUAUAAAUAAAAAAUGAAUUGCUCGACUUAAAAAAAUAGUUACAAAACAAAAAGCACGAAAUUCAAAGUUUAAAUAAAACACGCGGACGUUUAGUGAUGGUUAUUAUCUUUUUGGUGUCUGCAUUAGAAAUUAUAUUAUGUCAAUCAAUAUUUAAUUACUAAACAAACUUUAUGCAAGUGGGACUAAUAAGAUAAGUGGUGAAGUGGGAUUUGAAACUGAUCGACAGAGUUUGUGUGAAAGAAAUUAAUGAGUUCCCCGGAUUUAAAAAUGUCGCUGGAACAUCAACAGCUGCCGGUGUUGAUGAAAAAGAUUUAUUUUAUGUAGUGAAAAUCUCGAUCUCGCGUUUCGAUGGACUCUCUUACGCCUAAAAGAAGCUUGCAUCCUAUACGCAGAUGAGCGGUGAUCGCACCGGGCCCCAGUGCGGUUUGACGUCGCUCUUGCCGAUGUCUUGCCGCGGCCGAGCUGCAGCCUUCGCCCGGGACUUGCACUCACGCCUCCGCAACCUCGGGGCGACACAAGAGGGCGAAUGCGAGAACAGCUGGCUCACGCGCGAGAAUCCUACGCACCGACCUACUAGCUCUACACAACGGGAACUCGAUACGUUCUUUGACUUUGAACUCGAAUGCGGAAGUCCGUCCAGUCCGGUAGAUGAAUACGAUGCGCCGUUCCCGGAGAAACCGACUGAAGACUCGGAUCCGCCUUUCUACGAUGUCGAUUCAGACGUUGAACACAAAGAGCAAAGUAAAUUAAUGUUAAAGCAGCCAGACAAAGGAAAAAAUGGAUUUAAGUUUUCCACAGCAUUUUACACAGAAUCGCCAGUUAAGCUCCAACCGACUGCAAGAGAAAACGGCCAUGUAGAUAAACCGUUGUAUUCUCCCAUAACAUUCGAAGGCUGCGCUCGACAUAAUAGUUACGAUGAAAUCGAUUGUUUGGUACAGCCUGUUGCAGCUACGGAUCGGUUAAGUCUUCUUCCACAAUUAAGUUCGACCUUAGAUAGCGACUCCGAAUUCGAAUCAGCGAAAAGUGAUCCAUCCGACUGUUUUGAUGACCUGCCUCAGAAUGAUAAUAUUUUGGAAAAUGAUCUAACAGACGUUGUAGAAAUUUUGUCAAUUACUGAUAGUGAAACUCUCAAUGAAGAAGAAAUUUCAUUAAACAGUGAAGAAAAAGAGGACUUUGAAAGUAGUGAAAAGAUUGUUGUAAGCAACGGUGAUAGCAAUGAGUUAAAGGAUAUAGGUACCAGUGUUGUAAGCAAUGAUGACAAGGAAAUAGUUGCCAGUGCUGUAAGCAAUGGUGACAGCAACGAGCUAACUGAAAUAGAUAUUAACGAAGUUCCUAUUGAAAAAGAACCGUCACCCGCACCUGAUAUCGAUCCACAAUUGCUUAGUAUUGAAACAAAAACUGAAGAUGAAGGAGAAGACGAUCGACCACAGCGAGUUCGCAGAUGCUCAUCGUUGAAAACUGGAAAAACUCCACCUGGAACACCAGGCAGAAAGAAAAUAGUUCGAUUUGCUGAUGUACUAGGACUCGAUUUGGCCGAUGUGAAAACUUUCAUGGAUGAAAUACCGGUUAUUCCAAAAUCUGCUUAUGACGAUCUCACUGGUUGUGAUGUGCAAAGUUCACCACCUGCUCGACCUUCCCCGCGUCUCGGUGCUCUGACCCUGGUUCCCUUAUUCCAACUUCCCCGUGAUGUUACAGAAAAACUUGAAAAACAAAACGUGUGCUUAGAGAGUUCGCGCGUCUGUGACGGUGUUCAUGUCACGAUAUGUGGCUCGGUUCGAGUGCGAAAUUUAGACUUUCAUAAAACUGUGCACAUACGGUAUACGAUGAAUCGCUGGAAGACGUACACGGACUUACAAGCGACGUAUGUACAAGGUUCAUGCGACGGAUAUUCGGACCGCUUUCAAUUCGUUUUAUACGCACCGUGUAUUUCGUCGGGACAAAGGAUGGAAAUUGCGGUGAGAUUCCAAUGCAAAGGCCAGCAAUUCUGGGACAAUAAUAGCGGGGCGAAUUAUUGUUUCGAUUGUUUAGCGCUCGGCGCCGCUACCUCGGCCUCGCCAGCCUCGCUUCAUCCCACCGUGGACUGGCACCCGUCGUUCUACUGAGACAGCGUCAUCUACGCGGUAGGUGAAGAGUUAACGUUGCCCGACGGGCGACCGGCGAUCAAAAGUGAGGAGUCCGGCAGGUCUCAACCCGGCUGUGUGCGUACCGAGCGGCUAGCGGGUGUCCGUUGCUGGUCACAUUCCUGUGCCUGUUUCAACUGCAGCUGCAAUCGGCUCGUUGGCGAGUGAACGUGGAGUCCUAAAUUAUUGAGGCUUAAACUGUAAAACGUUUUGUGAUAUACGAAUAGAGUAGUCGUAGUAUAAAUAAAUACGAGUGAAUCAACUCGUUUAGAGUGCCAUUUGCCGUAACGACUUUUAUGUUUGUCAUGUACUAUAUCAUUAAUUAUAGUACCAGGUCCUUAAGGACAAUAAAGAAGCAAUAGUACCUAGGUCUGAGCCGUGAGAAGUGCCGACUACGAGGCGCGUGAGCUGUCCUCUCUGUUCCUUUGUAAAUAUUGUGAGAGAUAAAUUCUGAAUGAUAUUAAUAUUUUACUACAAUUUUUUAUGAAACUGUAAGUCAUGUUGUCUAUCUUUUAUGUCGAAAAAUCACCUAGUUAGAAAGAUUUUAUUCACGUAUCUACGAAAUUAGAUAAAGAAAUAUAAUAUUAUUAAAAUUAAAAUAUAUAAUAAAUGACAGAAUUAGUCUUUGUUAGGUUUUUAUGAAGUUUUAUGAAUCGUUAAAGUAAUUGCCUACGUAGAUGUCAAGUUUAAUUAAAGUAAAUAAUUAAGCGUCUAAAGUGGGAAAUACGAGUACCUAACUAUGUAAUGUUCUAACAUGUUACGAACUGGACACAAUAUUUUCUAUUUUUAUAUUUACAAAGUCAUGACAACCUACACAAACUUCCUACAAGAGAAUUUAUAAUAUUAUUAUCUGUUGUUUCGGCUUUUGAUAUACUAUUUUAAAUAAAGACUAAUAGAAAUUAUGAAAUUAAAUUAUUAUUACUUAUAAGAAAUCAGCAAUAUUUAUUACGAUGAUUUUUAUUUUGUAUGUACCUGAAAUCUUUUAAUGUGGCCAUAUUAAUUAAUACCUACAAUAUUAUGAAAUAACGCGGAAACGCUAUCGAUUUUUUAUUAAUGUUACUUUUUGACACCUGUUUUAGCAAUAAACCUACGAAUAAAUGAAUGUGUAUAAUAUUA